AUGGGGGACAUCGAGGCUCCCGACUCCAGCCGUCCGCGUCCGGGCGUCCUGCUGUCCGUCCUGCCGAGCAAAGAGUUCGCCACAUCCAGGAAAGGAAUGCUGCUUAUUGCUGAAGUGGGUCUCUCCUUCAUAUCGUUUGUGUGCUUCGCGGCCUCGGCGGCGGCCUCCUUCGUGACGGUGCCCCUGGUGGAGUUCCUGGCCGCCAUCUUCAUGCUGUUCGCUUACUCUACCAAGUUCAACGAGAGGUUUAAAGGCUUCGCCUGGCCUCUCAUGGACUUCAUGAGAUGUGUGACGGCCUCCAUUAUCUAUUUCAUCAUCUCCAUCAUGGCAGUGUCCAAAUACCCAGACGGUUCCUCCAAGGCUGCAGGGAUCUUCGGCUUCAUCGCCACCAUCGUUUUCGCGUUAGAUUUUUACCUCAUUUUCAACGAGCUGGCCGCUUUCCUAAAGCAAGGAGGGGAGGCUAACGAAGAACCGUCAGGCCCGAGAGAUGACUUCUCCGACUCGGACUCGGACUGA